CAUGCUCAGAGUUUUCCCAGAGGUCCUGUGAAGAAUGUCUAAAAAAUGUUUCGUGCCUUUGGUGUUACACCAACAACACUUGUAUUGAUUACCCUGUAAGAAGCAUUCUUCCACCGUCUUCAUUAUGUUCGCUCUCAAAUGCUCGAUGGGGAGUUUGCUGGAUAAACUUUGAGGCUUUAAUUAUUGCCAUAGCUGUAAUAGCUGGACUCAUUCUGGUGUCCAUAACAGUCUGUUGCUGUUACUGCUGUUACUGCAGAAGGUGUUCCAGGAGCUUAUGUAGACCAGAUGAAGAAGAAGAACGGUUAGCUAGAAAGAGAGAGGAACGAAGACUACAGUCUCUUCAGAGGAAACAUGAAAGAAAACUGAAGCACGAUGAAAUACGUAAGAAGUAUG